AUGGGAAGAUCCCCUUGCUGUGAGAAAGCUCACACAAACAAAGGUGCAUGGACCAAAGAAGAAGAUGACAGACUUAUAUCUUACAUUCGAGCUCACGGUGAGGGCUGCUGGCGCUCCCUCCCAAAAGCCGCCGGCCUCCUCCGCUGCGGCAAGAGUUGCCGCCUCCGCUGGAUCAACUACCUCCGCCCCGACCUCAAACGCGGCAACUUCACCGAAGAAGAGGACGAACUCAUCAUCAAACUUCACAGCCUCCUCGGUAACAAGUGGUCUUUGAUAGCUGGAAGAUUGCCGGGGAGAACGGACAACGAAAUAAAGAACUAUUGGAACACUCACAUAAGAAGGAAGCUUUUGAACAGAGGAAUCGACCCUGCAACUCAUAGACCUCUAAACGAAGCUGCUUCUGCUGCAACUGUUGCAACGGUUGCAACUACCACUAAUAUAUCUUUUGGUAAACAAGAACCAGAGACAAGUUCGAGUAACGGAAGCGUCGUUAAAGGGUCCAUCAUAGAACGCUGCCCUGACUUGAACCUUGAGUUAACCAUUAGUCCUCCUCGCCAACAACAACCUCAGAAGAAUCUUUGCUUCGUUUGCAGUUUGGGUUUGCACAACAGCAAGGAUUGCAGCUGCAACGUCGCCAACGCCGUCACUGCCAACAGCUCCGCUCCUCCUGCUUCUGCUGCUGCUUAUGAUUUCUUGGGCUUGAAAACCAACGGUGUUUGGGAUUGCACCAGCUUGGAGAUGAAAUGA